AUGAGCCAGUUGAUCGUUAGACCGGGGCGCAAUGCCGCCCGACAGGCAAAGAAGCUCAAGGAGAUGCGCAAAGUCAAGGGAGCAAUAGUGUGGCACGAGAAAGAACGGAAGAAGCGACAAGAGAUCAAACAAGAGCGCUGGGAAUCCAAGCAAGCUGUUAUCCAACGCAUAAGAUGGGAGAAUGAACACGUCAAGGGUGUCAGAGACCAGGCUUUGCGAAAUGCAAAAGAGGACUGGCAGCUUGGCCCUCUGCGGCCGAACCGUGCUGUUGGCGAAGGCGCAGAGAAAUACGGUGCUGUGACGUCCGUGCAAAUGCAGAAGCCUGAAAUACCUACCCGCAGCCAGAAGAAUAGGAAUGAAUUUAGGGAGAGAAAGGGUUUGGAGCUGGAAUACCCGCUCGUUGUGGACAAUAAGAAGUACUUUCCCAUCGUAAAAGAUGAUCGCGUGGUAGUCUUGAAGGGCAGGGACAAGGGCAAGAUUGGAGUGGUUCAAGAGGUCAUCGAUCGGACGCAUGAGAUUAUCGUCAAAGGUAUCAACAUGCAAUACUACGACUCAAAUGUCUUCAACGCCUCGAGCGAAGACAUGGCCGCAAAGCAUGAAAACGAAGUGCCCCUCCCCCUCGCAGACGUUCGCCUUGUUAUCCCUUACGAACUCACCCAACACGGACAUAAACGCUACAGCGAUGUCAUUGUCGAUAAAAUCUUCAUGGAGCGACACACCACCGGCAUAGACCCAUACACAGGCACCGAUUAUGGCGAUGCCGAGAUUCCCGAGAACCAUCAAUACGAUCCUCAAAGCGGCCUUCCCAUCUUCCAUCGGUACAUCGCCGGAACACAUCACCGCAUUGAAUGGCCCUGGGAACGUGAAGAAGAGUUUGAUGAUAUUGGCAUAAUGGAGGAGAGUGCAGCAGAUAGCCAAACGUGGUUCCGAAAGACGAUGGGCACGAUACGGCACCCCAUUACCAGUCUCAAGAGCUGGAGAGGGCAACCUAAGCAAGAAAGCUCAGGAGCCCCGAAGAAGGGAGAGGGAGCUACGGCUACGGAGCUUGAGCUCAUCGAGCAGAAGGAGUUGGAGAAAUCGAAGACCGAGCGCCCACGCAGCAAAGACCCCGAUCUUCCAGACGCAUACGAUAACACAGACACCACGCGCAAUAUCGUGGAAGGCGCAGACUCCAUGUCAUACACCAUCCUCGCCCCACCUUUCCCCGAUACACUCGGUCAAGAACUUCGUGGGGAUGUCCAUGAUUUUGCUAUCGACGCAAAGAAGGAUCCUGAAGCGCCGCGCAGCAGUGUAAAGGCGAAGAGGACUAACGGCCAAGGGGUGGUAGCGAGGGAGGUUGCAAAGGAGAGGAAGAGGGCGAGUGAGAGAAUGAAGACGCCGAUGCAGCUGAGAUGGGAACUAGAGCAUGCCAAGAAGCUGCAAGCACAAAAGAAGAGCCCGUUGGUAGAGACUGAUGCUCUGUUGAUGGCGCUGGGGCAGCACAUGCAGAAGAAUGGGGUGAAGCCGAAGAGGUCACAAGCUACUGAGAAGGCAGAGGAUCUUGAUUAG